AUGAACCAGAAACUGAACCAGAAGUUGAACCUGAACCAGAAACUGAAUCUGAACCAGAACCUGAACCAGGAGCUGAACCUGAACCAGAAACUGAACCUGGACCCGAGUUUGAGCCUUGGUCUGCUCCUGAUCCCAACCCUGAACAACGUCCUUCCUCUGAUUACAAGACCAGGACCAGGAACAGAAACUGAACAGGGAGCAGAACCAGGACCAGGACCAGGACCAGGACCAGGACCAGGACCAGGACCAGGAUCUGGACCUGGACCAGAGUUUGAGCCUGGAUCUGCUCCUGAUCCCAACCCUGAACAAUGUCCUUACUCUGAUUACAACAUUCAGCUUCAAACACGUGACGAUGUGAUGUCUGAUUACCAGAAUGACUUCAGGGAAGUGAUGACCUCCGGGAGUGACGACUAUAUUGAGGUAAAGAGGUGGUUGAAGGGCACUUUGGAGAAUUUGGACUCCAGGGGGCUGAAGGAAUUCCAGUGGUACCUGGUGAACGCAGAUGAAUCAAAGGAUGGUUUCAACCCGAUCCCACUGUGUCGUCUGGAGCAUGCGAACAGAUUGGACACAGUAAAUCUGAUGAUGCAGAAAUUCUCCUCAAAGACCAGAGAGGUGGCCGAGACGGUUUUAAAGAAGUUACAAAGUAAUAGAGCAGAAAAAUCCUUGCCGGAACUUGUUUUCCAGGACGAUCCAGUCUUUCCAGCUGGUGCAUCAGAGAGAACUGUCAGGAUGAUGAGUGACUUUGUUAAGAAAGUGUCUAUACAAACCCUGACGGAGCUCUUGGAGGCCCUCUUAACUGACGGUGUCUUGGAUGAGCGGGACAAGAAGUCGAUACUGGAGGAGAACCACACCAGAGUAAAUAAGGCCAGCUGCCUUGUUGACAUUGUGAUGCAAAAGGAUGAGGAAGUCUGCAAUAAGAUGAUCAAUCAUCUUCAAACCAUAAAUCCCUCACUUUCCUCUGAGCUGGAUGUGUCCGGCGGUCCAUCUGCUGCAGGACUUGAACCCAAACCAAAACCUAAAUCUGAAGCAGGACCUGGACUGAGAUCUGCUCCUGAGCCCAACCCUGAACAACAUCCUUCCUCUUAUCACAACAGUCAGCCUCAAACACAAGACGAUGUGACGUCUGAGGAUCAGAAUGACUUCAGGGAAGUCAUGACCUCCGGGAGUGACGACUAUAUUGAGGUAAAGAGAUGGUUGAAGGGCACUUUGGAGAAUUUGGACUCCAGGGGGCUGAAGUUAUUCCAGUGGUACCUGGUGAAUGCAGAUGAAUCAAAGGAUGGUUUCAAACCGAUCCCACUGUGUCGUCUGGAGCAUGCGGACAGAUUGGACACAGUAGAUCUGAUGAGUGAAAGAUUCUCCUCAAAGACCAGAGAGGUGGCCGAGAUGGUUUUAAAGAAGUUACAAAGUGAUAAAGGUCUGUUGUAG